AUGGAAUUGAUAACCACGGAAGAUAGCUAUGCUGACAGACGUCAACUCUUCAAGGACAUCUGGGACACGGCCAUGCUGAUGGAGGAGAAGGAGACCGAUAUCGCAAACAAACCUAAAGUCAUCAAAACUUUAAGACUGGACGAUGACAACAAAUUCGUAAUAGGUAAAAAGAAAAAAGAACGUAUUAAGAACUUACGGACUGUCUGUAAAAAGAUAUUGGACUAUUGUGAUCGCCAGGAUGCAGAUGAAUUUUUGGAUGACCAGAUAACUGGUGUACAAAACCCAGUGCGCCACAAUUUAAGAGUGAAACAAAAGAAACUAAAAACACACCGAAAGAAAAAGAAGAUAACGCACACCAAAAGCUUGCAUGCACCAACUGCCGAUAAAACACCUCCUGAACAAGAAACUGUUACUCCAAUUAAGCCUGCAAUAUCUGAUGGAAAGGAUAAUGUACCUCCUAAUCCUGGUUUUAAGUAUAACAAAACAUCACUAAUAAGAAGGACUUUGGUGACGAAUUAUAAUGUAAAGGGUAAACCAGCCGUUGAAGGGGCAAAGGUUAAUAGUAAUAAUACUCGGACGGUUCGCCGUAAAGUAGUUAAGAAGAAACAUAGCAAAAGGAAGAAGCCGAAUGCAUCAUCGGAUUCUAUCGAUGUGCCAGAGGAAUGGCAUAAAUUAGAAAACGCUCAGACUGAGGGAAAGAAUUUAUAA